UAACCCGCCCGGCCGCCCCUAUAAAUACCCAGACCAUCGUGAGCAACCUCUUUGCAACCAUCGACGAGGAACACCAGGAAUUGUGCAUCGCAACCUAGCAUAACAUAGUAGCAUGGGCUCUGUGGGGACUAUCGUGGCGAGGCUGCAGAGCAAGGCAGCUGCUACCAAGCCUGUUGCUGCAGUUUGGCAUGAGCAGCAGCAGCAAGAGCGGUGCAGCGGCGGCGGCGAUGAAGGUUUCCAGAUGCCGGUGCACUACCCGCGGUACAAGAAGGCGGACUACGAGGCCAUGCCGGAGUGGCGCCUCGAUUGCCUUCUCCGGGAGUACGGACUUCUGGCAGCCGCCCCCGGCGACGACAUCGACAGCAAGAGGAGGUUCGCCAUGGGAGCCUUCCUCUGGCCGGGCCAGUUCUAGCUAUAUUUGCUGCUACUUGCAUGCGUGAUACUUUCACCCUCCGAUAUCUAUGUAUCCUCACGUACGCUGCACUUCACGCCUUGCAUAGUUCGCCUCUACGAAUUCCUCCCCCAUGUCACCCGGCUGGUAGAAUUGCCUAUCGUCGAUCCAUCCUGCCGUAAAUUGCUCGAGGUUGCGUCGGAAGGUAAGCUCGAAGUUUGAAUCCAUCGCGGGCACUGAUUUCUGAAGAGACUGUUCAAAUCUAAUAGCUGGAUGUAGAAGGGAGGUUAUGGCAUCGUCCGUCCACCAAUCCUAUGAUGUAUUUGAUGGAGAUCUUGUUGAGAGUUUGUAUAGUCUAUCUAUUAUACCAGAACUUGACUUGUCCGUGAGGAACAUAUGUAACCCGAUUGUCAAACUCCUGUAAGCAUCGUCGAUUCAAGAGUGCAUGAUCAGCACGUGUACC